GUAUUACGAAAUGCUGAAACAGCGUUAGAGGAGUUUGUCUCGUUUGUUGGGAGAGCUUUGUUUUUUGUCAUGGCUUCGGCAACGUUUCCCUCAUGUAGUUUUUCUGGUUUAUUACACGACGCCACACCCUGUGGUUUAAGCAGCGAUUAUCCAGGCCAAGUUGAAGUUCUCGCUUUAAGAAAUUGUACAAGGGACAUAUCGAGGCACUGCGAGCUGUAUGGAUUAAAAGCAGACACAGCACUUGACACUGAAUGGAAACUGCUGUUUGCAAGAGCAGGUAAAUCUUAUGUACUGUCUUACCGUCUUACGUAACGGCUAAAAGUGGUGUACAUUUCCAUCAUCUCUUUAUCACAGACCUCGAUGGUCGUGUUAUUCUAAGAAAAUCUUCGGAUGCUUUCCAUUCAGCCCAAAAUUCCGGAAGUUUUGGUUAUAAAUCAAAUGGAACGGACCAUUUCGGUUCGGCCCUAACAGAAUAUUUGGGAACGCCUUUGAAGCUGGUUCACUUUGACCGGUCCGGUUAUUUCGGUCGGUCGAACUGAAAUGUCCCCUUCCAUUUGGCAAAAUUAUUGUCCCCAGUACUUGCGUACCGCGCUCUUUUGUAUCCUGCUUGCAAGAACAAUAUGCAAACGAGUUCAUCUCUUUAAAAAUCGCAGGCUUUUAUUCGCGGUGUGAAUAUUUUGCAAACCUAUUAAUAACGCUUACGAUAGACUACGAGUAGUCCCCCAUUUUUCCUCAGAGAUAGUAGAGCGAGCGAAACGCGAGCGCGCGUGAAAAUUACCCCACGCGAGAAAAGGCGACACGCGGCAGGGAGAGAGAAUUUUUUCCCUCUCCCUGUCGCGUGUCGCCUUUUUUCGCGUGGGGUGAUUUUCACGCCCACUCGCGUUUCGCUCGCUCUACUCUCCCUGAGGAAAAAUGGGGUACUACUCGUAGUCUACGCUUACGAUAGCAAAAAAGAUCUUUAUUCACCACCCCCACCUCUCCCCGCUCCGCCACCCACGCACACACCAACACACACACCUGUCACUGAUACACAGACUUUAAAGACUUUUUUAUGAAAACGCGACCUCCAGAUCUCCUAGCACACGAGCCUCUCAACUCACUCGUCAUGUAUGCAAUGGAUAAUUUUACCUUUACCUUUGUUUAGGGGUAUUUGCAUUGGAAGAGUCCCACUUGUCAUUGACAAUAUGCCCUCACCACAGAGCGGAAUUUGGUAUACGCUGGAGAUCCUCAAAAGUGAAGUGUAGCAUUCCACUAGAAAUAGCUGCUCACAAAACAGCCUCAGUCAAAGGCGAUCGGCAUUUGGACAGCGUUCUAUCUGCAUUUAUUUUAAACACUGAAGGAAUACUUAUUCAAGUUGGAUCGCGUAAGUUUAUCGUAACACUUUUGUAG